UCUAAAAUAUUAUUUUGAAUUUGAAUUUUCUGUUCUAAAAAGUCAUGUAUGUAUCUAAUUGUAAGUAUUGAACUUUUUCUAUUAUUUAUAAGUUAAUAUGAUAUUUUAUAAGUAAAAUAAUGAGCUAUCGACGCCAUAAAAAUAUCAAUUAUCGAUGCAUAUUGAACACAUACUGGAAGAAUAGCUAUUAUGGACAUAAUAUAUCAAAGGGAUCCAGUAAAGUUGUACAUUCAAGAUAUUUACCGCGCUAAGGCAACAGAACAUAAAUAUGUUUAUAAAAUAUUCGGUAAAAGUUUUAAGAACAUUAGGAUACACGGUGUUGUAACGGAAAUGAUCCACAAUAAUUCUAACUCAAUGAUUUUAGAACUAAGUGACCCAACUGGAUGUGCACAAAUACACUAUGACACUUCCAAAUGUAAUACAAGAAUUAAUUCUUCGUGUAUGAAUGAUUUAACACGUAGCUUUGCUAAAGCAUCAAGGAUGUCUUGUGAUGAUGUAGAUACUAUGCACUUCAUGUUAGAUAAAAUAGAACAGAAGUAUAAAAACCCAGUUGAUUUUGAAGAAGGAGAUUUCUUAUCAGUUCUAGGUGAUAUAUUUGUAGAAAACUUGAAAGAUAUCAGAAUAAUUAAUGCAUAUGAAUGUAAAAAGACAAAUGUAGACAGGGAUAUUGUAUGGCUUGAAGAGUUGAGAUAUGUCUAUGAUAAAUUAUAUAUCAAACAGGGGAUUUAAUAGAUUUUAACUUUAAUAAAUUAUAAAAAAAAAAUGGACUAGAGAAGUAACAGAGUUGUAUGUAAGGGAUGGGAAUCAUAAAAGAGAAUGACAAAGACAAUGGCCCAAGCAAGAGGCUAAGUGUGUGAAUAGCCCAGCUAAACUAAGGGGGAGACCAAUUAGAAGAUGCACAGACAAGAUUAAGAAAGCAGUAAGUAGGUAAUAGAAAUAUAUGGACUAGGGCAAUGUAAGAUGAGACAAGUUGGAAAGAGUCGAAGGAGAUCUUUGCCAAAAGGCAAAUACACAGGGAAACGGAUGAACAAGAGUUGAAAUGAAAGUAAAAUUUCAGAAUUAAGUUUUGUUAUAAGUAAAGCAUUGUCUGAAUAAA